AUGAGCUCCGCGGGCGCGGAGGGCGCGGGCCGGGGCGCGCAGCACCGCGUGGACCACCUGCUGAGCGCCGUGGAGAGCGAGCUGCGCGCGGGCAGCGAGAAGGGGGACCCCACGGAGCGCGAGCUGCGCGUGGGCCUGGAGGAGAGCGAGCUGUGGCUGCGCUUCAAGGAGCUCACCAACGAGAUGAUCGUCACCAAGAACGGCCGGAGGAUGUUCCCGGUGCUGAAGGUGAGCGUGUCUGGCCUGGACCCCAACGCCAUGUACUCCUUCCUGCUGGACUUCGUGGCGGCCGACAGCCACCGCUGGAAGUACGUGAAUGGGGAGUGGGUGCCGGGGGGCAAGCCGGAGCCCCAGGCGCCCAGCUGUGUCUACAUCCACCCAGACUCCCCCAACUUCGGGGCCCACUGGAUGAAGGCGCCCGUGUCCUUCAGUAAAGUCAAGCUCACCAACAAGCUCAACGGAGGGGGCCAGAUCAUGCUCAACUCCUUGCACAAAUAUGAGCCCCGAAUCCACAUAGUGAGAGUUGGGGGCCCGCAGCGCAUGCUCACCAGCCACUGCUUCCCCGAGACCCAGUUCAUAGCAGUGACCGCCUACCAGAAUGAGGAGAUCACUGCUCUUAAGAUUAAAUACAAUCCGUUCGCAAAAGCAUUCCUGGACGCCAAGGAACGGAGCGACCACAAAGACAUGCUGGAUGAGGCGGGGGACAGCCAGCCGUCCGGCUACUCCCAGUCAGGGGGCUGGCUCAUUCCUGGCACCAGCACUCUCUGCCCGCCGGCCACGCCACACCCGCAGUUCGGAGCUCCCCUCUCCCUGCCCUCUGCACACGGCUGUGACCGGUACCCCGCACUGAGGAGCCACCGCCCUGCCCCCUACCCCAGCCCCUACACACAGCGGAACAGCUCUCCCACCUACCCUGACACCUCCUCCACGUGCUUGCCCAUGCUCCAGUCCCACGACAACUGGUCCAGCCUGGGGGUGCCUACCCACUCCGGCGUGCUCCCCGUGAGUGCCCACUCCAGUGUGCUCCCCGUGAGCGCUAAUGCCGGCCCGCCCGCGGGCUCCAGCCAGUACCCCAGCCUGUGGUCCGUGAGCAACGGCGCCAUCGCUCCGGGUGCCCAGACACCAGGGGUGCCCAAUGGGCUGAGCACCCAGUUCUUCCGAGGCACCUCAGGCCACACUGCACCCCUCGCCCACCCAGCCUCGGUGGCCUCCUCCUCAGCAUCCCCCCUGUACGAAGGGGCUGCCCCGGCCGCAGACAUCACCAACAGCCAGUACGACUCUGCAGCCCAGGCCCGGCUCAUCGCCCCCUGGACGCCUGUGUCCCCGUCCUCCAUGUGA